GCUUCGAGCUGCGAGUAGUCAGACAGAAAGAGAGGAGAGGGGGAGAGCCGUGGCAGCGGACUGCGUCUGCGGCUGGUCCGAGCGUGGACACUUCCUAAUGCAACAGGGAUGCUUCAAAUGCCUCAAAUGCAAACUUUCUUGCCUGUGUUUGCAGCUUUCUGAUUUUUGUGGACAUAUGAGAAGAAAAGUGCAACCAUGCCGCUGAAUGAGACUGAAGUCCAAACACUGGCCCCAGAGCCAUGUGAGCAGCAGAUGCUCCAGGAGGACAACCCUGGAGGUGGGAGCGGAGGUUCAGCCACCAGCAACCUGUCACUGCACUGCUGGCUGCAGCUCCUCACCAGGGAAUCCAUCAUGGAACUACAAGGAGACAGCUCCAGCUUGGUGGUGCGUGUGAUGAUAGCGUGUGUGUACUCCAUAGUCUGCGCUCUGGGUUUGGUGGGGAACUUGCUGGCUCUGUAUCUGCUCCACUCCCGCCACAGGCAGAAGCAGUCAUCCAUAAACUGCUUUGUGAUGGGGCUGGCUAUCACAGACCUGCAGUUCGUUCUGACUUUACCCUUCUGGGCAGUGGACACGGCGCUGGACUUCCGCUGGCCUUUUGGCCGGGUCAUGUGCAAAAUCAUCAGCUCCGUCACCACCAUGAACAUGUACGCCAGCGUGUUUUUUCUGACAGCGAUGAGCGUGGCGAGGUAUUACACCAUCUCCUCGGCUCUGAAGAUGCACAGUCGGAGGGCGGCCGCGUCCAGGGCGAAGUGGACCAGCCUCGGCAUCUGGGCCGUCUCUCUGCUGGCUACUUUGCCACAUGCCAUCUACUCCACCAGCGCUGAGGUGUCGGAUGAGGAGCUGUGCCUGGUCCGCUUUCCAGACUCUGGCAGAUGGGAUCCACAGCUUCUUUUGGGUCUGUACCAACUACAAAAGGUCCUGCUGGGGUUCCUUAUUCCUCUUAUCAUAAUUACUGUCUGCUACCUGCUCUUGCUGCGAGUCAUCCUCAGCCGUCGCAUCACCGGAGCAGCUGAUCCAGAGGCCAAACAAGGCCGUCUGAACCGGCGCUCCAAAGUCACCAAAUCGAUUGUCAUAGUGGUUCUGUCUUUCUUUCUGUGCUGGCUGCCCAAUCAGGCUCUCACGCUCUGGGGGGUACUUAUAAAGUUUGACCUUGUUCCAUUUAGCAAGGCAUUCUAUAACGUGCAGGCCUACGCCUUCCCGCUGACCGUGUGCCUGGCGCACACCAACAGCUGCCUCAACCCUGUGCUCUACUGCCUGAUUCGCCAGGAGUUUCGGGCAGGACUCAAGGAGCUGCUCCUCCGCGCUACGCCGUCCUUCAGGAGCUUGACUCACCUGCUGCGUCGCAAGACCAAAGUGGCUGAGGCGCCAACCGUUCUGGUUCUGGUUCCAAUGGAUGUCUGAGCAUGACAGCCUGUUUUGGAUGUGAGGAAGCGAGAGCAGCUAACUCAGAGAGAGUGCUUUCUGUAUUGAUCCAGAGCAGCUUGCUGAGGGACGGAAAGUUAUUCCAGCCUUUUCCAAAACGUGACAAAAAAAAAAAGAAAGAAAAAUCACAUUUCUCUUUGGUUGUUGGAAAUAACAUAAUCACAGUGGAUAGCACUGUGGGUUGUGUACCAAUUUCCCACAUCCAGAAUAACAGAGUCUAUUCUGUUGCUCUGGUAGCUCUCACUCCCACUUUGUGUGAGAGGCAGCACUGCUCUUUGGCCUCAAAUAUAUAUAUAUAUAUAUAUAUAUAUAUAUAUAUAUAUAUAGAGAGAGAGAGAGAGAGAGAGAUCAGUCUGACAAAAGGAUUUUCUUUCAUGCCAGCCAUUUUCUGUGCUGUUGUUAGUGUCACUUAGUCCAAAUCCGAAAGAUAAAUAUAAACAAAUCAGAAAAAAGGCAAGUCUUUGAUGUGCAAAAAACUUACCUUUACUUCAAAUAUAAGACAAAUCAUUAAUUCAAUUAGUAUAUUUGUGAUAAAAUGAAAAAAAAAAGUCAAUGUAUGUAUUUUUUUUGCAGGUUUAAAUUGUACAACAGUCACUGUUUACUUCAUUCUGUUGGAAAAAAUGAUCUACACUGAAUGAAUGAAUAAAUAAAUAGGGAGAAACCUUGAAAAACCUCUAAAUAAAAAGGCCUUGGCAAAAUAAAUGUACAGUUGUUAAGAUAAAUGUUAUCCUUAAGGACCAGAAGUCGUGGAGAUUGCUACAGGAUUCAUGUCUAAGGACAUCUAAUCAUACACCGCUAAUGCAAUCCAAGCACAUACACAGCGUCGACUGCACAGAAAUGGAAAAGCUGCCACUCACUUUGCCACUCCUACUUGCUUCCACUAACGGCCACACUUAACACGCUUUCUCACAGCAGCAGAAUUGUCAGAUUGCACAUGAAUAAUUUAGAUUUUUGCAUAAAACUUGCAUCAUUUUUUUUUUAAACCAGGUCAUUCAUUGGUAUAAAUGAGUCGUUUUUCUAAAACAGUUUCAAAUGCAACACCAAGUUUGUUUUUUCUCUAUAAUUAUGCACUUACCAAGGCACAAAAUUAGAAAAUGUAAGGGGAGCAAAAGCAUAUCAUGAACUGUUCUACUUUUGCAGACAAAAGUUUGUUCUUUAAGUAAAAAAAAA